AUCAGUACGCCUGAGUUUGUACGCGUGGACGCUUUACGAUUGCAACAGCUGCACGCUGCACCCUGCUCAAUAAUAAACUCUCAUUGACAUUUAGCACCAUCUAUAUACUUGUAUAGGAUAGUCGGGUGGGUUCCAAGUGAUUGAAUGGUUUGUUUAUACAUUUCUUGGAUGUAGAUAUCAAAUAGUUGCCGAAAAGAGAUAAUUUGUGCAUGUUUGUACAUCGGGCAGCUAUCAAAAGUCUUAAUUGAUGACGAACCUCGCUGUGUAAAGUAUGUCGUUCUAUUUUUGGGACACAAGGGCAAAAUGGCUAGGAUAUCACUUUCCAGAAUGAGAAAGAAAUUUAUUGCGGCUUCAUCCUAUUUGGCGUGUGUACAGUAUUUUGAUAGUGCUACUUACUUUGUACAAUGAAGUUUUUAUUUAUGUUCUACAGAAGUUUAAAUGGUCCAACAUAAGUGCCAAGAAGACCAUUGCUUGCGAAUGCUACUGGUGGGAGACCCGCAGAUUUUGGGCAAACAUACGACUCCAGCUAUUACUCUCCGCUGGCUAAUUUCGACUCGGAUCGAUAUCUGGCGUGGUAUUACGAGAAGGCCGUGGAACACGUGAGGCCCGACGUGAUAUGUUUCCUUGGGGACUUGAUGGAUGAGGGAACCACUGCCAAUGAGCAACAUUUUGAAGAAUACUAUGAACGAUUCGGGCAAAUUUUCCCAACUCAUCCGACUGCGAAGAUAGUUUACAUACCCGGUGAUAACGACAUUGGGGGUGACGAUGGCGAAGAGCUCAAACCUUCUAAGGUUCGCCGAUUUCGUCAGUAUUUCAGCGAAAAACCAGCGUGGAUCAUAAACGACAAUGUAACCAUCUACAACAUCAAUAAAAUUACCUUGGAAAGGCCCUUGAACGAUCCCCGUUUGGAUAUCAAAGACGGUGAAGACAGUUCCGAUCGCUACAUCCGCAUCUUCCUGAGUCACUUGCCAUUCUUGAGCAAUCCGGGAAGCUUUACUUACGAGGCAAUAGACAAACUUAAACCCAAUGUGAUAUUUUCCGGGCAUUUGCAUGCAUCGCGUUACGUUAGAAUCCAUAGGAAACAUUUGAGGGCGGCAACCUACAAACCACUUAGCGGCGAUAAGAAGACGGCGUACAAAGUGCACACUUUCGAUUUGAGCUACCACAAGGACACCGAGGAAUUGCUGGAGAUUGUGAUUCCCACCUGUUCAUACCGGAUGGGGGUUCCGGAGAUCGGCUAUGGAUUUGCUGUUAUAGAUGGCACCAACCUCAAGUACACGGUACUGUGGACUACCAAACGCUUCCAUCAGCUGAUCUCGUACGUGAUUGUAGUGGCCAUACCGUUGGCAUUCCUGCUGCUGACAGUACUGUUCAAAAUCUUGAGAAACAUUUGCGUGUGCAAACGGAACCCGCGGACGAAACUUCCCCUCUACAAUCAGAUGUUGUGAGGUGUGUUUUCAAGCUGUGGGUGUAUGCAAACCAGAUGAGCAGUCUCCAUCGAACACAUGUGGACAGGAUAAACAAUUUACUCAAAUUAGUGAUUUUAAAGGUUUUGAAAAAAGUCUGCAAUUAUUUGAAGCGAUGGCAAUUUGUUGUUUAUAUCAAAAUGUGAUUUUAGAGUUCGAUUCUUAUGUAAUAAAAUGUGUAAGCUACAGCA